UGCAAAAAUCCUUUUCCUUGGAUGCCUUGUCUUUAAAUUGUAGCUGCAUGAUGGAAGUGUUGAAGCAUAACAAAUCCCCUUAUCUUUCUUCUCCUUGUUUUGGUAUGCCUUUCUCUCAUACAGCUCUGUUAGAGGUCAUACUGGCCGGGAGAGACUGCUUGGUGGCCGGAGAUUCGUGCUCGAGUGAUGAGACUUGCAGUCCGCGGCUGCGAACUCUACGGCAGUGUGUGGCGGGUAAUGGCAGCGUUAAGCUCGGCCCCGGCGCCAGGAGUCAGUGCGCCAAUGCAGUGUCGGCUCUAUUGUCCAGUCCCUUGCACGGCUGCCAGUGCAAACGAGGCAUGAAGAAGGAGAAGAACUGCCUUAGCAUCUACUGGAGCCUUCAUCAGUCCAUCAUACAUGGACUUAACCUGGUGGAGAGUUAUCCCUACGAGAUGGUGCAGAGGGAUUACGACUAUGUCCGCCUAGCCUCUAUUACAGCUGACUCUGAUGUUGGCAUGACAACUGUGAACCGCUGCCUGGAUGCAGCAAAGGCUUGCAACGUGGACGACUUGUGCCAAAAGCUCCGCACAGAGUACGUCUCUGCUUGUAUCAAACCCACUGCCAAGUCGGGCCUGUGCAACCGGCCUAAGUGCAACAAAGCCCUGCGCAGGUUCUUCGACCGCGUACCUGCAGACUACACCCAUGAACUGCUCUUCUGCCCGUGCACGGACACGGCAUGUGCGGAGCGGCGGAGGCAGACUAUAGUGCCCAGCUGCUCUUAUGAAAGUGGGGAGAAACCAAACUGCAUUACACAGAUGAGGAUCUGCAAUGCUGACUAUGUGUGCAAGUCUCGUCUGGCGCAGUUUCAGUACGACUGUGAACCCACUGAAUCGUCUGCCAACGGCUGCAAGCAAGCAAACUAUGGGGCCUGUCUCCUCGCCUACACAGGGCUCAUAGGAAGUACAAUCACUCCAAACUAUGUCGACAACUCUACGUCCAGCGUGGCUCCAUGGUGCUCCUGCUCAGCCAGUGGGGGACAGAAAGAAGAGUGUGAUACCUUCCUGAGAUACUUCACAGACAACAUCUGCCUCCGGAACGCUCUCAUGAUGUUUGGAAGUGAAUCAGACCUGCAGCCGUCUGUCAGCCAGCCCAGUGCACCCAGCCCCAGCCCCAGCAGCAGAGAAAACAGGAGCCCCACUUCUUCACAAGAAACUCUAGAAACUAUGAGGAAUAUUCUGGAUACCAUUAUACCAACACAGGCUCUGGGUAAUGAACUACUAGUGGGCCAGCCCACCCUGCCAUCCAACUCUGCUUCGCCUUCCAGCCUAAUGCUUCAAGCUGCCGUCAGCCUUCUGUUGUUGCUCCUUCAUCUGCUCAACAAUGGACACUAAAGACUGCAGGGGUGCGUGCCGAAGAACCUCCAUGCUCUGAGCAGAUGGAAGGACCGGUGCAGUUCAGAGGAAAAUGGACCGUGUGGCAUUCCUCCUCCCUCUAAAUAUGUACAGCGAUUCUGUUUUUUCUAUUUUUGUGUUUAAGUGGUCCAGUUCCACCUGCCAGUGCUCUCCCUCACAGUGUGAGAGAUUCCUGCAGACAGAAGCCAGUCUGUACAUUUGUACAUUGUUGUUGCGAUCAAACAAAGCUGAAGUGAAUUCAGAGUGCCACCCCUGUGGCCUAACACGGCUCUCAGCUUCCAAACUGUAUCCAUUUUCAAGAGUUACCAUGAAAAUAUACCAUAUAUAUGUAUGAUACGUAGACAUGAAGUAUGUCAGUACCUGUGAAGAUUUGUAUUAAAAACAGAAGCUCUUAUUUCAAAUAUUCUGAAGGAAAAUGGUCAGAGUAAACCUGUGAACUUUGCUUUGUGCUCAGGCACAGAGUGAUUGGAAAGCUGCUGAAGCAUGUGGGGCUCUAAUACUACUCUCCUCCAGUGACUGAAAGAGGACUAUUAUUUCUGAUCAAUACUGGAAUAGAGGAGGCUGAGAGACAAUAGAGCUGCAUUUUGCUCAGACAUCCAGGACAAAUGCCCCUAUCCCUUAAUGUCCAGCAGCGCCAUCUAAAAGAUAUGUGGUCAACCUGAGUACAUAAGAUAAACCCUGACCUGAUAAUAGUCCUCUCCAUCAAGAUGGUUGUUCUUUGUCAAACCACUGUGCUAUUGCUAAUACCAUGGUAUCUGUUAAAAGAAGUCACAAAUCUUUGUUUUAUCUUUUUGGGCCUAAAGGGAAACAACGUAUUGGCCGAAAUACAAGAUGACUCUGAUUUAAAGACGACCCUCCCACCACCCCUCCUUCUACGCCAAAUCUUAGAAGAAGAUUUUUUUCUGAAGACCAAACAAUUUUAAUUGGCAAUGAUGAUAAAACA